AAGGCAAUAAUGUUAACGGCAAAAAUUGGAAAAGUUAGCAAAGUGCUAAUCUGUGGAGCUAAAGGUGUUGGUAAAACCACCCUACUGGAACAGUUAAUCUAUGGAAAUAUAACUUUGGAUAGUGAAAUUCAUCCCACAAUCGAAGAUAUUUAUGUGGCCAGUGUUGAUACGGGACGUGGUGGCCCCCGAGAAACUUUACGCAUCUAUGAUACGGCUGGUUUAUAUCAAGGCAGUAAAGAACCCCUUCCACGACAUUACCUCUAUUUCCCUGAUGGUUUUGUCCUCGUCUACGAUCCGACAGAUCCUCAAAGUUUAGAUAUGUUGGCUGAUAUUAAAGCGGAUAUCGAUAAGAAUAAAGAAAAGAAAGAAGUACCCAUAAUUGUAUUGGCCAAUAUGCGUUCUAAACGUAAAGACACUCCACCAUCACCCACACAACAGGCCCAAGCACAAAACAAACAAUCUUCCGCAGCCGAUCCAGUUGAAUUAAUAUUAAAUCGUGCCAAUGCAUGGUGUUCUCAUGAACGUAUUAAACAUUAUACUGUCAAUGCAAUGGAAAGGCCAUCACUGUAUGAACCAUUUAUUAAUCUCUGUGCAAGACUACAUCCUCCACAGACCAAGUCGACAUUUCCUCAACUUCGACAAGUGAUGCAAAAAACACAAAAAGCGGAUGCAUAAGCCUGAA